AUGUCUCACGUGGACGAAGCAGCCCGCCGGCUGUCCAGAGGCGGGACCACCCUCUAUGCAGUGCUGGAACUUAAGAAGGGGGCCUCCCCAGAAGACAUCAAAAAGUCCUACAGGAAACUGGCCUUGAAGUAUCAUCCAGACAAGAAUCCAGGGGACCUCCAAGCAGCAGAAAUAUUCAAAGAGAUCAACACAGCCCACGUGAUACUGAGUGACCCCAAGAAACGGAAAAUCUACGACCAGCACGGCUCAUUGGGAAUCUAUCUGUAUGACCACUUUGGCGAGGAAGGUGUCCGCUACUAUUAUACUCUGAAUAGCUGUUGGUUCAAGACUCUGGUCCUGCUGUGUGUGCUACUCACUUGCUGCUGCUGUUGCUGCUGCUGCUGUUUUUGCUGCGGCGCGCUCAAGCCGCCCCCCGAGGAGUAUCACCAGAGGCAGUACCAGCAGAACGUCCAGCGCCAGCCUCCGAAGCCAGGAGCCGCACGUGACUUUAGAAGACAGGAGGAGAGCGAGGAUGACCUUUAA